AUGUGCUUCCACAUAAUUCCCCUAUGUCCUGGUUGUGAGGAGCCGAGUGGACUGGGCGAGGAAGUCAUCUAUUCGGAUGACGUGUGUUGCGGCCACUGCCCUCCAGAAGACGUUUGUGGCUCGACCACCCGACUCAUGACCAAGAGCGAAGUCAGCCAUCCCGACUUCGAAUGCUCGACACCUGGUUGCGGAGACGUUCGCACCAGUCUCAGUGCGGCUGAGGAGGAGGCUGAGCUGCAACGUGCUAGAGACCAUGCCAAGCGAUUUCUGAGGGAGAACCACGAGAACUGCAUUUCGCUAUGCAUUCUUCCAUUCAUGGAUGAGCCUGCCCCAGAAAGCGAGAAUGUUCCUGAGCUCCCUAUCCUCGGGUUCCGACCCGUGAAUAAACCAAACCGUACCGGCCUGCACGGGAAAUCGAGACCUUGGGGCAGAAACGAGGUCAGCAAUGGACUCGUGAAGAAGAAGUGGCAUUGUGGAAGUUGA